AUGCAGUGUUCAAGGACCCUACAGAAGAGAUACUUCCCUCCAAUGUCAUUCAGAGAGCUAUGGAACCAGUUAUGCCAAUCUGCUGAUUUGGAUGUCCCUGAAGAAUUUGCCAUCGUGUCACGGCUUAUCUGGCUAAGGAGGAACUCUUUUAUCUUCCAAGGAGAGUUCAAACACCCUAGUAGUGUUGUAAGUCAGGCCUCAAUAGCUAUGCUUGAGCUGGAAGCCAAUAGAAACAUAAGGGAAAAUACACAACAAGGUGAACAAAUUCAAGUUAAAUGGUCUCCCCCUCCAAAGAAUAUGUUUAAAAUGAACUGGGAUGCGGCUGUGGACAAAACGAAGUGCAGAGUUGGGAUAGGGGUCAUUGUAAGGGACCAUAGAGGCCAAAUGACUACUGCUUUGAGAAAGAGGAGAUCUUUGUAUCCUGGCCAUGCUCUAGCUAAAACUUGUGGUGCAUACGAGGCAACCAAAUUUGGCCUACAGUUGGACCUCUCCCAGGUUGUUCUAGAGGGAGAUUCAAAGCAGGUGGUAAAUGCACUAAUGGCCAAACCCCCGAACGUUUCAACCAUGGACAUGGUAACUCAGGACACAACAAUGUCUCCACCAUUACCCGUUUUGGUCUGUUAG